GUCUUGGAGGUAUUGAUUUCGGUGGUUGGAUUUUUCCCGUGGAUCUAUCAAUUCACAAUUUGAAUUUGGAAGAAAGAAGGAAAACAUGACGUCUCCGGCCAAAUUCAAAAAGGAUAAGGAGAUCAUAGCAGAGUACGAUACUCAGGUCAAAGAAAUCCGUGCCCAGCUCACAGAGCAGAUGAAAUGCUUGGACCAGCAGUGUGAGCUCCGGGUGCAGCUGCUGCAGGACCUGCAGGACUUCUUCCGGAAGAAGGCGGAGAUCGAGAUGGACUACUCCCGCAACCUGGAGAAGCUGGCCGAGCGCUUCCUGGCCAAGACGCGCAGCACCAAGGACCAGCAGUUCAAGAAGGAUCAGAAUGUUCUCUCUCCAGUCAACUGCUGGAAUCUCCUCUUAAACCAGGUGAAGCGGGAGAGCAGGGACCACACCACCCUGAGUGACAUCUACCUGAAUAAUAUCAUUCCUCGAUUUGUUCAAGUCAGCGAGGACUCAGGAAGACUCUUUAAAAAGAGUAAAGAAGUCGGCCAGCAGCUCCAAGAUGAUUUGAUGAAGGUCCUGAAUGAGCUCUACUCGGUCAUGAAGACCUAUCACAUGUACAAUGCCGACAGCAUCAGUGCUCAGAGCAAGCUAAAGGAGGCAGAGAAGCAGGAGGAGAAGCAAUUUGGAAAAUCGGUAAAGCAGGAAGACCGGCAGACCCCACGCUCCCCUGACUCCUCGUCCAAUGUCCGCAUUGAAGAGAAGCAUGUCCGGAGGAGCUCAGUGAAGAAGAUUGAGAAGAUGAAGGAGAAGCGCCAAGCCAAGUACACAGAGAAUAAGUUGAAGGCCAUUAAAGCCCGGAAUGAGUACUUACUGGCUCUGGAGGCAACCAAUGCAUCUGUCUUCAAGUACUACAUCCACGACCUGUCUGACCUUAUUGAUCAGUGUUGUGACUUAGGCUACCAUGCUAGCCUGAACCGGGCGCUACGCACCUUCCUCUCCGCUGAGUUGAAUCUGGAGCAGUCAAAGCACGAGGGUCUGGAUGCCAUCGAGAACGCCGUAGAGAACCUGGAUGCCACCAGUGACAAGCAGCGCCUCAUGGAGAUGUACAACAAUGUCUUCUGCCCACCAAUGAAGUUUGAGUUCCAGCCCCACAUGGGAGACAUGGCUUCCCAGCUCUGUGCCCAGCAGCCUGUCCAGAGUGAGCUGGUGCAGAGAUGCCAGCAGCUGCAGUCUCGCCUGUCCACUCUGAAGAUUGAGAACGAGGAGGUAAAGAAGACGAUGGAAGCCACUCUGCAGACCAUCCAGGACAUUGUGACUGUUGAGGAUUUUGACGUGUCCGACUGCUUCCAGUACAGCAACUCUAUGGAAUCCGUCAAGUCCACGGUCUCAGAAACCUUCAUGAGCAAGCCCAGCAUUGCUAAGAGGAGAGCCAACCAGCAAGAGACCGAGCAGUUCUAUUUCACGAAAAUGAAGGAGUACCUGGAGGGCAGGAACCUCAUCACCAAGCUACAAGCCAAGCACGACCUUCUCCAGAAAACCCUGGGAGAAAGUCAGCGGACAGAUUGCAGUCUGGCCAGGCGUAGCUCAACCGUGAGGAAGCAGGAUUCCAGCCAGGCAAUUCCUCUGGUGGUAGAAAGCUGUAUCCGGUUUAUCAGCAGACACGGACUACAGCAUGAAGGAAUUUUCCGGGUGUCGGGAUCCCAGGUGGAAGUGAAUGACAUCAAAAACGCAUUUGAGAGAGGAGAGGACCCCCUGGCUGGGGACCAGAAUGACCAUGACAUGGACUCCAUUGCUGGCGUCCUGAAGCUUUACUUCCGGGGGCUGGAACAUCCUCUCUUCCCCAAGGACAUCUUCCAUGACCUGAUGGCCUGCGUCACAAUGGACAACCUGCAGGAGAGAGCUCUGCACAUCCGGAAAGUUCUCCUGGUCCUGCCCAAAACCACUCUGAUUAUCAUGAGAUACCUCUUUGCCUUCCUCAAUCAUUUAUCACAGUUCAGUGAAGAGAACAUGAUGGACCCCUACAACCUUGCCAUCUGCUUUGGGCCCUCACUGAUGUCAGUGCCUGAGGGCCACGACCAGGUGUCCUGCCAAGCCCACGUGAACGAGCUGAUCAAAACCACCAUCAUCCAGCAUGAGAACAUCUUCCCAACCCCCAGGGAGCUGGAGGGCCCCGUCUACAGCAGAGGAGGAAGCACGGAGGACUACUGUGACAGCCCUCAUGGAGAGACUACCUCGGCUGAGGACUCAACCCAGGACGUGACCACAGAGCACCACACGAGCGAUGAUGAGUGUGAGCCCAUCGAGGCCAUUGCCAAGUUUGACUACGUGGGCCGGACAGCCCGAGAGCUGUCCUUCAAGAAGGGGGCAUCCCUGCUGCUUUACCAGCGGGCUUCCGAUGACUGGUGGGAAGGCCGGCACAAUGGCAUCGACGGACUCAUCCCCCAUCAGUACAUCGUGGUCCAAGACACCGAGGACGGUGUCGUGGAGAGGUCCAGCCCCAAGUCUGAGAUUGAGGUCAUUUCUGAGCCACCUGAAGAAAAGGUGACAGCCAGAGCGGGGGCCAGCUGUCCCAGUGGGGGUCAUGUAGCCGAUAUUUAUCUUGCAAACAUCAACAAGCAAAGGAAGCGACCAGAAUCUGGGAGCAUCCGGAAGACAUUUCGGAGCGACAACCAUGGGCUGAGCAGUUCCCUGACUGACUCGGUCUCCCCAGGGGUGGGGGCUAGCUGCCGCCCAUCUUCCCAGCCCAUCAUGAGCCAGAGUCUCCCCAAGGAAGGGCCAGAUAAGUGUUCCAUCAGUGGGCAUGGGAGCCUCAACUCCAUCAGCCGCCACUCAUCCCUGAAGAAUCGGCUGGACAGCCCACAGAUCCGGAAGACGGUGACAGCAGGAAGGUCAAAGAGCUUCAAUAACCAUCGGCCUGUGGACCCUGAGGUCAUUGCACAGGAUAUUGAGGCAACUAUGAACUCUGCCCUGAACGAGCUGCGUGAGCUAGAGCGGCAGAGCAGCGUCAAGCACACCCCUGAUGUGGUUCUGGACACCUUGGAGCCCCUCAAAACUUCCCCAGUGGUGGCCCCCACAUCGGAGCCCUCCAGCCCCCUGCACACCCAGCUCCUCAAGGACCCCGAGCCCGCCUUCCAACGCAGUGCCAGUACUGCUGGGGACAUCGCCUGCGCCUUCCGGCCCGUCAAGUCUGUGAAGAUGGCUGCCCCCGUCAAGCCGCCGGCCACACGACCCAAGCCCACUGUCUUCCCCAAAACAAAUGCCACUAGCCCUGGUGUCAACUCAUCAUCUUCCCCACAGUCCACUGACAAGUCUUGUACUGUCUGAGGGAUAUAAUUUAAUUGUUCUAGACAAGGGGACUGGAGGGACUGACUGUUAUUAAAAAUCUUCCUAUUUAACUAGCUUGGGGACUUCAGUUGAAAAUUAGAUUCUAAGUUGUUCUUGCCGGAAUUAGCCUUCCCAUCACCCAAAACCUUGAGAAUGAAGCCCUCAUUAUCGCCCUGCCUUGCCCUUCCCGCUGCCCUCCGCUUCUCCCUGUCGUCGUAAUCCAGCCCGCUGCAGUACAUACUGUUCUUAGGUUAGCCAGAGAUAGAUUUUUCCAUUAUCAAGUCACUGUGAAAUCUGGCAUGGCGAGUCAGGAAGACACAGGCUCACGUCUCCGUCCCCUCAGACACAGGGGAUGCCUGACCAGAUGGUUGGCUACUGACAGCCAGCUCUCAGUGGCAUCUUGUUUUGGGUACUGACUAUAGAGAACCAUAUAUAGUCCAUUCUUCGUUUUACACACACACACACACACGCACGCACGCACACAGGUUUUUUCUAGUCUCUGGCAUGUGUAGCCUCUCCUGGUCCCAGACCAGUCUCUUUGUAAGUCAUUGUGGCAGUUCACACAAGAGCCACCAGGGGCCUCUGUUUCCAUUACAAAUCUUGUUCUGUCUGGGCCAGAGAACCUAGCCUUUGAAAUCUCUCCAUCAUAAAAAAUUGAGCAGGAUGGAACUCAAUCCUGUAAUCUGUUUGGGGUUGGGGGCUUUCUCUCUGUCUUCUCUCUAUUGGUGUGAAUUGGUCAUUGGUGUUUGCUUUUGCUCUCCUCCAUCCUCUAGGAAUACAACCCAGUCUUUUUAUAGAACUUCGAAAGUUUUUCUAAAUGUAUAGACAUUUCUCGGGUUCCUGUCUUUGUCUCUGAUGGACCAUUUUCCAUUUAAGACAUUUUCCUGUAUAAGACAGUUUUAUAGCUGGUUCCAUUUAGGAUAAAGAGUCUUAAGAGAGUUUUAUUGUGUUUGUGGCAGGUUUGGAAAAGGUGAGAAAUGGGUCCUUCUUCCUCCCACUUUUUUGGGGCACUUACGACAAUAUUCAUUAUUCUGUUCAAAAAUUAAAUUCAGCUUUGCUAACCCCCAAAGUAUUCCUGAAUGAAAAUGUAACCUAUGUUCACCCCUCUAGUUUGGGUUAUUCUCUAUAAGAUCUCUCCUCAGGGACCAACAGGGGCUUGGAGAGCCCUGGUUAGAUUAAAGGGAGACAUUACUCCUUAAAACCUGUUUUCUUUUAUCCAAAUAAGGACAACUAAGAGAGCUUCGGCCCCACAGGCUCUAUAAAGUCUUCCCGAGGCUGGAAUCUAACAAAAAAUUGGAUGAUGAAUAUUUUGGCCUUUUUUUCUGGUUCUUCUCCCCAAAAAGCAGAAAUGAUGCCCUUGCCUACUUUAAUCCGGUCUCUAAACCUGGUGCC